AUGAAAAAUUUGUUGACAUAUUCUGUCAUAACAUUUUGUCUUUUUUUUCUUAUCAAGGGUAACAAUAUUGAUGAUGAGAUAGUUGGUACUAGUGUUCAUGAAUAUCGUGGUUAUUAUAGGAGAGAAUAUUCAUUAAUAAAACCUUAUCAUUCAUCAUCUUCUCAUAUUCCAUACUGGGAAAUAAUUGGUGAUACAGAAGUUAAUAAUGAUGAAGUUAGAUUAACUCAUGAUGAGAAAGGAAAAUCAGGAAUUAUUUAUAAUAAACCUCCAGUUUUAUUUCGUGAUUGGGAAGUUAUGUUGUCCUUCUCUAUUACCGGAACAAAAGAAAGACUUUAUGGUGAUGGUAUAGCUAUUUGGUAUGUCAAAGAAAUUAAUAGAGGUUCUGCUUUUGAUACAUAUCAUAAUGAUAAUAAAGGAAGUGACUAUCAAUUUCCACUUAUUUAUGGAAUGAUAAAUGAUGGAAAAAAAGAAUAUAAUAUUGAUAAUGAUGGUACUUCUACUAGAUUAGGUAAUAAGGUAUGUUCAGCAUACUUUAGAAAUCAAGAAAAAGGAUCUACUAAUUUAUUAUUAAAAUAUUUUAACAAUACACUAUCUAUCUAUAUAGAUGUUGAUGGUGAACGAAAAUGGAAGAAAUGUUUUGAUGUUGAGAAUGUACUUCUUCCAACUGGUUAUAUAUUUGCUAUAUCAGGACAUACUGGUGAUUUACAUGAUACUCAUGAUAUUUUAGCUUUCAGAACGUAUGAAUUAAAUUUGAAUAGACCAAAUACAAAAAAUGAAAUGUCAUCGUAUGACAUAACUCCUCAACAUUUAGAUGAAAAACAAAAUAACUUAGAAAUAAAAAGUGAAAGAAAUUUUUUUUAUACCAUUAAAAUAUUCUUCUUAAUUUGUAUAACGAUCUCAAUAUUAUUUUUUGCAAUUUACUACGGAUUAGAAUAUUAUAAAAAUCGUAUAGCAAAAUCUCGUAAAAGAUUUUAUUAA